ACAAAAUUCCAAUUCUUACUACUAAAAUGGCUUAUGCUUGUUGCUAUUCCAAGCUGUGUUUGAUAUUGCUUCUCCUUGUGGUUGUAUUGGGAAGCAGCAAUGCUCAACUUUCAACCAAUUUUUACUCAAAAUCAUGCCCAAACUUGCUUUCCACUGUCAAAUCCACAGUCAGCUCUGCUGUUAACAAAGAGGCUCGUAUGGGUGCUUCUCUUGUUCGAUUGUUCUUCCAUGAUUGCUUUGUCAAUGGAUGUGACGGAUCAGUGCUACUUGACGACACAUCGUCUUUCACCGGAGAGAAAAACGCUAACGCGAAUCGUAACUCGGCUCGUGGAUUUGACGUCGUCGACAGCAUCAAGUCAGCAGUUGAGAAUGUUUGCCCUGGUGUAGUUUCUUGUGCGGAUAUCUUGGCUAUAGCUGCUAGAGACUCUGUUGAAAUUUUGGGAGGACCAACCUGGAAUGUGAAACUUGGAAGAAGAGAUGCUCGAACUGCUAGCCAGUCCGCGGCUAAUAACGGCAUUCCUCCGCCGACAUCGAAUUUGAACCAGCUCAUUUCCAGGUUCAAUGCUCUCAGACUUUCCACAAGGGACUUGGUUGCUUUAUCCGGGUCACACACAAUUGGACAAGCAAGGUGCACUUCAUUCAGGGCUCGUAUAUACAACGAGCGCAACAUUGACGCUUCCUUUGCUCAGACAAGGCAAAGAAACUGCCCGAGAGCAACCGGCUCAGGGGACAACAAUUUGGCACCACUUGACAUCCAAACUCCAACGUCUUUCGACAACAAUUACUUCAAGAAUCUAGUCAAUAACAGGGGGCUUCUCCACUCCGAUCAACAGUUGUUCAACGGCGGAUCCACGGAUUCGAUCGUGCGUAGUUACGGUAACAACCCAAGCUCCUUCAAUUCGGAUUUCGUUUCUGCAAUGAUCAAGAUGGGAGACAUUAGUCCCCUCACGGGAUCAAGCGGAGAGAUCAGGAAGAACUGCAGAAGGGUGAACUAAUUACAUGGGCGGGGUUCUUGAUGUGGUUUUGCCUAUGGGAACUAAAAGAAAA